GUUCCUGUGCACGGUGAUUUAGUGACAACACAGACAACUGGAUUUGAGUGGUGUGUUGUGAUUGUUUUGUGAUUUAUCGAUUUUUUUUGGAAUAUGUGAAUGCCAGGCAAUAAUCAAUCAAUCGGAAGAUGCUUUGUUGAUGACAGCCACAAUGGUCAAACUUUCCUUUAGUCGACCUUGAUUCUGGACAAUGAUUUCUUGAUUAUGUGCGAUAGUUGUUUAGAUAAACUUUCUUGAGGAAAAAUGAAGUUCGCAGUUUUAGUGACGGCUUUCACCGUCGCUGCGGCAAUCCGCGUGCCGGCUUCCUGGGACGACGCGAAGACGAAGGAGGUAUCCAAAUUCAGCCACAGGAACAAAGGAAUCCAUCGUGGACAUGAUAACUACCAUUACAAAAUACCACAUCAACAUCUACCACCCAAAAGGUUUUAUGGUAAACCGCCAAGAUUUGUAAAUAAUAGAAAACCUGUACAGAAACCAUUUAAGUCUAACAUACACAAUUUUAAAAGCAAUGGUUGGACACCAAUCGUGCCGCCACCACAUUAUUAUAAUGGUGAUACUAAGGGCUACAAGAAGAAGCCUUAUAUAUACGAAAAACCACACAAAAAGAAAAAUUAUGAUGAUAACAGUGAAUCAAUGUUCCAAAAAAAUAAUUACAAGGAAGAAGAAGAACCAUUCCAAAAAGUAGCCGACUUUGAAGACGGAGACUAUUUAGAAAACGCCAAACUGAGACAGUCUACAAAAGAAAAUUUCAUAAAACACGAGCUCAACAAAAAAUCUCAACCUGAAUUAGAGUACUCGAAUGAUGAAGAUGACGAAUCUGAUGAAGAUGUCGAAGAAACAAGUGAAUCUUUUGUCCCAACAAAAUUCUAUGCAAAAGUUCGACGCAAUGAUAACUAUGAACAUUUGCCUUAUGAUGAAAACGAUCGAUUGAAAAAGGUGGUUAAAGAGUCUAAAAUUCACACGAUAUACACGGAAAAAGGGUUCGAGGAUGAAGCAUAUGAUCACGGGGAUGAAGAGAAGAACGGUGAGAAUGGACAAAGUUCUUCCGAGCAUUUAGUUGAGAGAGAACCGAAGCCUAAUAACACCUUACAGAUUAUAAAAAUAGAUAAUCUGAAAGAUGCGAUAAAAGAACCACAUAUAAUAGAAAUAGAAAAAUUGAAAACCUCAAAUUCAACAAAGAGAAGAAAACGUUAUGUAGAUGAUGAAGUUACAGAAAAAUAUCCUUAUUAUAAUGACAAAAAUGUUAACAAGGAUUCACCGUUAAGGUACGCCGAAAAUCUGGAAAAUAUACCUCUAAAAUCUCAAGAUGAUAUGGCUUUCUAUAAUCAAGCGACCAAAAGAAUCAAAUGUCAAGAAAAUUUACCUAUUGAAGAUGUUAAAGACCAGAACAAAACCGUGGGAAAUUAUACAGUAGAAAUUCCCAACGAAGUAGCGAAAAAUGGAAGUGACCUUGGCAAUCAAAUUGAUUGUUUCAAAAAUAAAUAUUUUGGAGAUAAUCCUCUAGACAGUCCUUUUUUUAACGAACCAACUGUGGAACCAAUUUCUGAAGACUUCUUUAAAGAACUUCGAUUCGAACAAAUUUCGAUAACAACUGAAGAAAGUGUACAUCAAGACGAUCGUUUGGAUGAGUCUUCAAUCGUCCAUAAAAACUCAACAGAAGCAUCAAUCAACAAUCUAAAUUUUAAUAUUCUAACUGACAUAAUAGGACAAAUAAAAGAUAAAACUCAAAACGAAACCCAACUGGAAACAAUCGAUGCGGCAGAAUCCACCAUUGAAACUGAGGCAGUUGAUUACAGUCACAGAGAAGCAAAGAGUUUAACGGACGACAGGAACAAUUCUACUGAAAUAGAUCUUCCUGAAAGUCAAGCAUUAAUAUUAAGAAGAAGAAAAUACAGACCAGUUAGGCCUUACUUAAAUAAAUUUGUCGACUAUGGAAAAAUGUACCCCAGGAAAACUACCUCAUCUUACCAUCCGUAUUUUGAAGAAUACGUUCCAACAAGCACUGUUUUACCAAAGUACAAAGUAGUCAGUGAGGUGUUUUAUAAGGACGAAAUUAAACCGAAUGAACAACUAAACGUAUUUGCGGAUGUGAUCAACAAUAUUCAAAACUUGAGCAGAACCGACGCUUAUUCCGACAAUGCCGAACCCAUAGCAGUAAAAUUAAAUGUCAAUAGAUAUUCCAAAGUCAACAAUAAAAAGAUCAAAAUACCAUCCAAAAAAAUACAUAUAAAGAACGUCCUGGAUGAUAGUUAUUUAGACACUUAUGAUGAGUUGCAAAGCACUAAAUAUACAACCACAUCAACGACAACUAUGAAGCCAAUGGUUGCCUACAAAUCGAGGCCAAAAUUUAAGACACAUAGGAAUAAUGAACAAGUGUACGAGGAAUUACUACAAUCUUUGAAAAACAAAGACCAGUACACUGAAGAGUCGCAAAAUCAAGAGCAGUUCGCAAACAAUGCAGUUAUUCAUAAAGUAAAAGUUCGAAGAAGAAACCGCCCCAGUACUACAACAACCACCACUACAUCACCUACAACUGAAGUUGAAGAAGAGUACGAAGAUUCCACAAAACCGGUACUCGGUUUAAAUCCUCCUGGUCACUUUAAUUACAAGACCAUAAUAGCCAAUCAACAAACCGAAGAUAAAGUUCUUAAUUUGUACAUCGUACCGGGUAUGAAGCCGCCACCGAAACAAAAAGUUUACUUAUAUUCAGAUUAUAGACAGUUACCGAAAAAUAAUAUCAGAAGAAGGUAUGACUAUUCUCUGAGAAGAAGUAAGAGGGAGGCAAAUAAGCCUGCUUAUAAUGACUAUUCCAGAAAUAGGGGCCGCCAAAACGAGAACAUAGAAAAAACAAGCAUUGACGAAGACGACGAUGAUGAUUACGUUCCCCACAGACCUAAAAACUAUCAUUAUGAUGAAAAGCUUGGUAAAAUAGUCUAUCAUAACACGAAACCUUUAGAUGAAGAUGAAGAGGAGGAGGUUUAUGAGGAAGUUGUUGAAACGACUAGAGCACCAAAACACAGAACUACCACAAAAAAACCACUUGUGAUUACCAGCCCUAAACCUGGCGAAGGGUUUAUGGAUUAUAUUAAAUUGUUACAAUCUAAUCCCAAUUAUAAAAACAUCAUGGAAACCACGACUACAGAAAAACCAACCACAACUCUUAAGCCAAUCAAAGUGGCUUCUUCUAAGGAUGCGCCGGAGUUUUUGAAUCUUCUAUCUAAGCUUCACAGUAACUCUGGUUAUAAGAAAAUUGAAAACGAGGAUGAAGCACCCAAAAAAUCCAAAAUAAGUCAUAAGAAGGAAGAAGAAAAGGUUGAAGAAGUAGAGGAGGAGGAGGAAGAGGAUGAUGAAGAAGCACCAGCAAUUGUACAAAAUUCACCAGGCGGUCAAAAUGUGCAAUUUGAUUCAAAUUACCAAAUUUUUGAUAUUGGUGAUUUUAUACCCAAAGUGAAGAAUUAUAUGCCCAGGACGUCGAUAGAUUAUUCCAAGUACAAGACUAUUGAACGUCCGAACAUGAGGCAUAAUUUGAGCGCGAGGUACAACUCUGAAGAAAACUUGGAGGAAAUUAACACAAGCAGGUUACCGAUUUUAGCAGAGAAAUCAAUGACUGUUGCUGAUUCCUCCGAAGAAUCGACGGACGAAGUCGAACGUCCUAGCACAAGUACAACUACCACUACUACGACGGAAAAAUCUGUUUUAAAAUUGAGGAUGCGCGGUAGAAAAAGGCCUGGCAGUAGGAUUACAACUAAAGCUCCCAGUAGGACCAGUACAACUCGAACUACAACUACCACAACGGAAAGAAUACAACACGAAAAACCGAAGAGAAAUUAUUUGAGACGACGACCAACCAGGAUAAAGCUUAGGACCACUACAGCAAACAUUUUAGAAGAAGAUGCUGAUGAUACAACUAAGAUAUUGAGAAGACGUUCCGAACAGUCCACAGUGACAGAACUGACUAACUUUCAACCUAUUUAUGUUCCCGAUGAUAGUAGGGAAGUAACUGAUGAACCGGAGAAGGUUGCGAAGAAAGAAAAAGAAACUGCUAACAAAGUACCUUCGAAUGUAGAAGUAUUUAAGAAAUACGACCAAACCAAACGUCACGGAGGAAAUUACAGGAGGCUAUUUGAUACUAAAAAUAUAAUAAAUCAAAAUAAAUUACGACAAGGAAAGAUUUUACAUUUGAGUAAAAACGUAAGCACGACUACAGAAAAGCCGUCCACGAGACUGGCGGAUAUAGUUUUGAAGCCUGUAGCUUAUUAUACAGAUGCUAAAUUACCAAAAAGUAUUAAUCAAUUAAAGGCUGUUGAUGUUGAUGAUGUGGAGGUAGAUGAAAGCAGUACCGAGAAUAUCGACGAUUAUUACGAUGAUGAGGUACAAAUCCACUUCGAUAAAAACGAGGACGGGACCAAGGGAGAUAAACCUAAUAUUAUAAAAGAUCCUAGUAAAAGAUUGUAUUAUUAUCUCGAAUAG